AUGCAGAAGCAAAGCGAAAGAGCAGAUAAAGCAGAAGCAGAAGCAGAAAGAACGAAAAAUGAAUUAAAAGAUUUGCAAAAGAAAUUCGACGAAGUCAGCAAAGAAAUGACGGAAUUGAAGAAGCAAGUUGAAGAUGUGCAAAGCAUGGCAGCAGAACUGCAGCAGCUGCGGCAAAUGACGGCGCAGCAAAUCACGCAAAUCAAAGAACUCGAAACCUCCUACCAGGCGGAGAAGAAGUUGCGGAAGAAGUAUUACAACGAAAUAGAGGAUAUGAAAGGCAAAAUUAGGGUUUACUGUCGAAUCCGGCCUUUUGCAAAAUACGAAAAAGAAAAAGGGUCUUUGGAAAGUGUCCAGGCCCUCGACGAAUACUCCGUCAAAGUCACCACCAACAAAGAAGAGGUUUAUGAAGACACUGAGAGGCUCAUUCAGUCUGUCAUCGACGGAUUCAACCUGGUGGACCUGCUGGCCCCCCCCGAAGUGAAGAAGAAUCCUCCGUCUUUAGACAUUAAAAAAGACAGCAACGGAAUAGUGACAAUUCAGGGAAUAACAAUGAAGAAAGUGACAUCAGCAGAAUCUCUUGAAAAGAUUUUCGAGUUCGGCCUUGCUUCCCGCCACGUCAGCGGCACCGCCAUGAACGCAGAAAGCUCCAGAUCUCAUUUAAUAUUUGCAAUUGUUGUUCGAAUUGAAGAUUUGAUUGCGGAAAAGGUCACAUUUGGCAAGCUUUCCCUCAUAGACCUCGCGGGGUCCGAGCGGGUGUCCAAGAGCGGUGUCACCAAGGAAAGACUCGUCGAAGCCAAGGAAAUCAACAAGAGCUUAACUGCCUUGGGAGAUGUUAUUUCGGCUCUUUCGAGCGGGGAGAGCUUCAUUCCGUACCGCAACCACAAACUCACGCAGCUAAUGAGCGACUCGCUGGGCGGCACUGCGAAGACUCUGAUGUUUGUCAACAUCAGCCCCGCGGACUACAACGUCGAAGAAACCGUCACUUCCCUCAUGUACGCCGCCCGCGUCAAACUCAUCACCAACGAGGUAACUGCAGCAGCAGCAGCAGCAGCAGCAGUUGUAGUGCAGCAGCAGCGGCAGCGCGAGUUGUAG